AUGGAUGCCAUUGCUGAUAGGGCCUUUGAGAAUGUGCCUUCUGGAAAUGUGCUGAAGGAACAAGACGAGACGCCAUCUUUGCUAACGGUGAUCUUGGAUCUAAACCCUCUACAAUGGAGAUCUUUGAAGGCAGACAUUACGCUCAAAGACAUAUCGAAAUCUCUGCUUGUUAUGUUGAACUCGCAUCUCUCUUUGAACAGUUCGAACACUGUAGCUGUGCUUAGUUCGAACAGCUACAAAAGUGGGGCCCAGUGGAUAUAUCCGAAACCCCUUGAGACGGACGACACAGAGACAGCAAAACAAAGAUCUCAUGCGCAUCUCGUGAAUCCCACGAUGUACCGUGGUUUCAGAAUAAUCAACGAUUCGGUUCUGGAGGAAAUCAGCUCGAUUCUUGACAUGGAGCCAGACAGAUUCCAGGAUAUAGGAAAGAGAGGAAAAGAUGAUUCUAAGGGAAAAGUCAAGGGCACUUUGGUUGGUGCGCUUUCAAUGGCAUUGACCUAUAUCAACCGUGUUCAGAACACCAACGACAGCACAUCCAUCAAGUCCAGGAUUCUCAUAGUGAGCACCAGUGAUGACUUGACACUGCCCUAUAUCUCCAUGAUGAACUGCACAUUUGCAGCUCAAAAAAUGAAAGUUUCCAUUGAUGUAUGCAAACUGGGAACAGACUCCACAUUUCUACAACAGGCGUGUGAUUCAACCAAUGGAGUCUACAUGUACAUUAACCAUCCUUCAGGUCUCAUACAAUAUCUUACGACCGCAUUGUUUAUUGAUCCAUCCCUAAGACCCAUAAUGGUGCUUCCCACCAACACGAAUAUCGACUUCAGAGCCUCGUGCUUUCUGACAAGCAAAAUCAUAGACAUAGGCUUUGUCUGCUCGGUAUGUCUGUGCAUCCUCAGUAUCGUGCCGCACGACGAAAAGUGCCCAAUCUGUCAUUCGCAGUUCGACCCCAAAAUCGUGAAAACUCUCAAAGCAAAACCCCGGACACUCCCACUAAUACGAAAGAAAAGGAAACUGGACUCGGGUGCUGGUGCUAGUGAGGAGACAGAUACCAGUAGAGCAGCUACCCCGGCCAAAUGA